CUUUCAUAUCCCAAUCACUCUCCUCGCGCCAGACAGAGAACAAGUCAACGGGAAUCUUGAUCGGGCGCAACUUUCACCACAACAAGAAGAUGUGAACACAAGCCCUGCCAUGUAAAGACGACUCGUCUCAAGGCGCCCCACAUAAAUCAGUACCUUAGACAGCGACACCCGGCCGUUUUCAGCAUCUCCAACCCGGCGGAAAGCACACAGUCCACUGCACUCGACUGUCCUACCAGAGCGCAACCAAGGCAUGCAGUUCCGUGAAUGACGAUUCUCUCUAUCAGAGCGCAAUGGGUUUCAGAAGCGCUGCUAUUACUGAUAUACUUAACUAAUUGCGUCUUCGAUACUGAUGCUAUUCAUUCUUCUAGCCAGUAUGGUAACAGUAUCGAUCGUGAGAGGACCAACGCGAGUGGCAGGUGACGAGGGUUGUAACAGCCUUGUUGGACUGAGAGCCUGAGACCCCUAUCACAUUCACUUCACUGCCAAGUCAGAGAAGAUCACAAGCGUCGCGUCGGAAGUGAAUUGACAAGUUAGACACACCAUGGGGAUAAGGCACCUUUUGCUGCUCCUCAUAUACCUGGAUCCCCUGAGCGUUCUCUGCGCCGGGACAGGAGGCAAGAAGAUGAAACCCGUGACCAAGCGGACUCCCAAGGCGAAAGACACCAACAUCACCGCGGUGAUCCCCACCGCUGCGCCGCAGAAGAACACGACCAAGGACUACGAUACGUGCACUGGUUACUACGACGUGAGCGGACAAUUUGACAGAGAGUUUGCGUGUAACAACACGGUUCACCGCUACUGCUGCGGGUCCUGCUUCCUGCGGUUCUGCUGCCAGGAAAAAGAAAAACGGGUGGAUCAGUCAAGCUGUAAAAACUACAACAAGCCGGACUGGGUGAAAACGCCCCCCCCGUCGCCAGCCUCGACGGGACAGCCUUUUGACCCGAGUAUGGACCAGACGAACACCGCGGUGUACAUCACCUGUGGGAUCAUAGCUUUUAUUUUAGUGGUGGGAGUUUCGGCUAAAGUUGCCUAUGACAAAGCCACAGAGCCUCCUCAGGAAAUGAAUAUCCAUAGGGCCCUUGCAGACAUCCUGAGGCAACAGGGACCCAUUCCCAUUUCUCAAUAUGACUGUGAGAACUUUUCAGCCAUGAACGGCUCUCCCAAAGACAACACUCCUCAACAAACCUCCUCCAAGAACCACUACACCCCUGUCCACCAGUCCAAGUCCAACCAUGGUCUCCACUACGGGAAGGAGAGUGUCCGCAGCAGUGGAGUCACGACCUUAAUACCUUCAUCUCCCUCUGGGUUUGUCACGUUGGGACGCGGCCAGCCCAAAGGUACCCACCAGCACAACUACAACCAUAUGGUUCUAGGUAGCCCAACACGCACCCAUAAUGCGGAUAAAGACGUCGACGACUAUUACACCCGCAAGCGUCACCUCCCUGACCUGGCAGCCAGAAGCACCCUGCCCUUACACGUCAUUAAAAUGAACCAGGAACAGCAGCAGCAGCAGCAGCUCCAGAGCCAGCCCCCCCAGCCCCAGGUGUCCCAGGCCCCACCCCAGCAGCCCCAGGCUCAGCAAGCCCCCAGAAGACAGAGGCCUCCUCGUGUCCAGAGGGCCAUGUCCCAGGACCGGGUCCUGUCCCCAAACAGAGACCCCCAGCCAGACUACCAUGGGAUAGGGAUGACUCGGCAAGGAGGACGUAUCCUGUCUGAUGAGCAGCUACUGUCUGCCGAGAGGCUGAGGUCCCAGGAACGCCUGAUGUCCCAGGACCGGCUGUACUCCAAGGACCGCAUGUACUCCAAGGACAGGCUGUUACAAUCUCAAGACCACAUGUACCCGAAAGACCGCCAUUUCUCCCAAGACCGCCUGUACUCCCAAGACCGCCUCUACUCCCAAGACCGCCUGUACUCCCAGGAUCCUCUGAUCUCGCCGGACAAAAUGAUGAUGUCGCUGAAACGCGCGUCCGGCGGUUCCCGGGGCAACAACGARAAGUCYAUGUCGCACGCCAUCUCGCACCCGGACGUGUUCAUGCCCACGACACCGCUCAUGGACCACUACAAGAUGACAAAAAUGCACUCCCAUCCCAGUGCCRCGAGCAACGCKGGGGCGGCAGGUGGAGCAGGAGCAGCGGUGCACUCCAACACAUUAGCCAUGAACCACACGACUAAUAAGAGACAGCAGUUUGCCUCCAGAAGGACCCACACUGUGGAGCAGCUCCACUACAUCCCCCAGCAGCACUACCGCACAGGCAGCAAGACUGAAGUGACUGUUUAACACUAGCUAGCAUGCUAACGGCUAGCUUGGGAGUGAGUCAGCAGAGAAUGCUAACAUCUCAUCGCUAGUUUAUAUAUACGCCAUUUAACAGACAGUUUUAUCCAAAGUGACUUACAGUCAUGUGUGCAUACCUUUUUAUGUAUGGGUGGCCCCAGUGGGAAUCAAACCAAUGACACUUGGUGUUGGGCGAGUAUGUGUGUGGGGGGGGAAGGGAUGGGAAAAGACUGACGAGUAUAACAGGACGAUAAUUUUAUGAUUUUAAGUCAAACAAAAGGUACACUCACAUUUUUUUGCAUUUUCAGUCUUCARCAGAUCCAAGAGCGGUACUGUACUGUAAGAGACUAGAGUUCUUCAGUAGACACAAACCCCACAAAGACUGAGUCAGCUGUGGUAGUGUGCUGUGAAAUUGGCAAACUACUCUACUGUUAUUCCUGUUACGCCCUAAGCACCAGCUCCCCUUGUCCACCACAAUUUGGGUGUGAUUCAUAUGAGGGGACAUAGGCUAUUUGAGAAUAGAGAGGCUCAGGCAGCCAACACAUCUCUUAUUCUAGAAACUUCUACUGCAUUGGUAAAACGCCAGGACUAAUCCGAUCAAUGUCUCCACAACUUCUGUUGUUGAGAGACACAACACAACCACAGGUGAUGGAACCAGGAUGACCCUGUACUAACUUUAUAAAUAUAUAAAUAUAAAUAACUACCGUUUGUAACCCCAGUCUUACUCAUAGCUAUAAAUCAAAACCGAUGUUAGACAAGUGUUCCAUCUCUAAAAAUGAAGAAGUGGUUUUAAAAAGUGGUUUUAAAAAGUGGUUUUAAAAAGCACAAUCAAUUAAUGAGAUUCUGUGUUUCUGUUCAGUUGUUUCAAAAGUUUGGUCGCUGAUGGCUAGCUCGUAGAUGAUUGUAAAUAAGCUAUAKUUCUAGAGGCAGUAUUAUGGACGAGUCUGUACCAGUUGGCUUUUGUAUUAGGCUGUCUAAUGUUUUCAGUAGAUUCUGAACUGGUUAUAAACCACCACCGUUUCGUGAUAAGUUCAGACUAGAAAACCCACUUAACCAAGCAUUUGACAGGAUAAAUGAGUACUAUAACUAUGUUUGUAGAAUGUGAAUGAAUGUGAAUGAAUGUGAAUGAAUGUGAAUGAAUGAGAAUGAAUGUAAAUGAAUGAGAAUGAAUGUGA